UAAACCGUAGCGAAUAAUAAAGAUACAGGCUACUGCUAAUGAUUUUGCUAAGUAGGGUACAGGCUAAAUAAAACAAGGAUCUAAUAUAGGCCUGUUACUGUGUCUUUGUAAUUGUUUUUGAGACAUAGGCCGAUAGUAAUAUUGGGGGGAAAGUCGUUUCUACACCAGUUUUUUCGUUGUAGACUUUUAUGUAUUUGUGCUUUUCAUUAAUUGCUUCAUGAUUGUUUAGCUGAUGGCAGGUUUCAUUGCGACAACUUAUACUAAUAAUUUAAAAAUAAUACAUUUUUACUUAACCACUGUCACUUACAAAGCGAUACAAAUCAAGGAACGAUUUUACGAAUGCGUGUGUAAUAAUCAAACGAUAUUUCCGCAAACGGCAACCUUUUAUUCUGCAAUACGUUUAACGCAUCUCAUUAACAUAUUAAUCAGCUAUUAUACAGCAGCUCAUCCAAUCAGAUCUCUUUACCCAAUCUACAAUCUGAUUUUUUUUUUUGUUUAAUGGCCUAAAUAUAAAGGGUGUAAGGAGGCUGUAAGAUGGAUGCUGUGGUGUUUCCCGCGGGCACCUGCGGGAGACGGGGUCAGUCGGCGGGCGUUCCAGGGGGCGUGGGCAGCGCACAGGCCCCGCCCUCCAGUCCCGCCCCGCCUCAUAUGAAGAGACCCGUGUGUGCUGAAUGGCAGUAGUUCAUGUCGCGACUGUCAGAAAGCUUUUCAUCCGCUUCGAGCUCGAAGACUGCUGGAAGCAGACCGUGAUCCUGAAGGAUUCGCGCAGAGACUCAACCCAGAGUUCAGCUAAAGCCUUUGAGUUUGCGGGAGGAUCUUUUCAAAAUGCCACGCUCAUUUCUUGUCAAGAAAUAUUUCUCCAACAAGAAGCCAAACUACAGUGAACUGGAGAGUCAGACUGACCAACGCUAUGCUGUCUUCCCACAAUGCUUCCCCCUGGACGACUUCCCCACCGGAGAAGGCGAUUCUGUGGGGCCCAACUAUCCCUCCAUGCUCGUGUGGACCGCCGGUGCCUUACCCCUGUCUCUCACGGCGCAGUCGCCCAGCAGCCCGUCUCCUUCGAGGCCUCUGGACCUGAGCUCUCAGUCCAGCUCCAGCAGCAGCAGCAGCAGCGGAGAGGAGGACGACUGCCGUACCUCUGACCCUCCCAGCCCGGACCCCGCUGACCGCUUCCAGUGCACCCACUGCGGCAAGACCUGCAGCGGCCCGGCUGCGCUCACACGGCACCAGCUCACGCACUGCACCACGGGGCCGCAGACCACCGUCAGCGCCGCAGGAACCCCCGGCGCCGGCCCCAGAACCGCCUUCCGCUGCAAACACUGUCCCAAAGAAUACAACAGUCUGGGAGCGCUCAAGAUGCACAUCCGCUCACACACGCUCCCCUGCGUGUGCACCACGUGUGGGAAGGCCUUCUCCAGACCCUGGUUACUGCGAGGACACAUCCGCACACACACCGGCGAGCGUCCCUUCUCGUGCCCGCACUGUAACCGUGCGUUUGCGGACCGCUCAAACCUGCGCGCUCACCUGCAGACCCACUCCGAAGUGAAGAAGUACCAGUGCGGGACGUGCUCUCGUACCUUCAGCCGCAUGUCCCUCCUGCACAAGCACACGCUGUCCGGCUGCUGUCCGUCUGCCUAGAAGACACGACAGCUGCGGCCCGUCGAGCGAGUGAACGUUCGGACUCGUAGAGAACGUGCAAGGUGCCUUAUCUUCGCUUCCGCAAGCCAAAGGAGAGGAGAUGUUUUUCUUCCAGUGUUAGUCUUACGCGCAGGUUUCUGUGGCUGGGGAGGGGGCCAUCAGACUGGCUCUCGGUGGAUUCCCAGGAUGCACCUCGGUGCCGGCUGGUCCGGGACUGCGAGGGGGGCAGCUGCUAUAAAGCGUGUGUGGUGAGAGGUCAUCUCUCAGCGAGAUCUCCACAGACACGCGGGGAUGUAUUGGGACAGCUGUCGCAGCGCGGGCCUGUCGACAAAUGCAUCGGCUGUAUCUCUAGAGCGAAGGCCGAAAAAGCACACCAAAGAGCUGUUUUAAUAAGAAGUUCAAUCCGACUCUGGAAUCCGUCUCUGUAAUAUGAGCUCGGAGGUAUUAAAUCAUCCUGAAUGUUGUUAUAUUCCUAAAGAAGUUCGUUAGAUGUUGUACAAAGUGUCCUCCACCUGAACUGAUUCGAGAAAGUUCUUCCGUGAAACCCGUUUCGUCUGGUCGUCUUCAAACGUAUUUUUCCCAAAGCCACAAUGAUGUAUGAAGCUGCCUGUCUGCAUAUUGUUUAUAUGUCGGACGCAUAACGCAAACCAAAUGCUAUGCAAUCCUUUUUUUGGAGCGAAGAUGUGUUUUAGUGUAUUUCCACUUGCCGUUUUUUCCAAUAAAGUAAUUUAUGUUCUUUGUU